AUGGCCAGCCAUGGGCGCGGCGGACCCGAGGGUGCAGGGGUUGUGCUCCGCGGGCCCAAGUCACCGCUGUGGCUGUGCUCCUGCGGCUGCGCUUCCAACUGGGCCAGCAGGCUCAGGCGAAGAGAGCGCGACAGGCGGUGCUCCACCAAGGUCGAGGACGCCGCCAGGAAGGCACACAAGGAGGCGUUCAAGGGAAGGCCCAAGCCGGGCAGCCACCCGCAGCCCCGUGGGGCCUGGGCGCGGCAGAAGCUGGCCCCGUGGGAGCACGACAAGAUCCAGCGGCAGGACAGCGAGCUGGCCGCCCUUCGGCAGCAGGUCGAGGCGCUCAAGGCCGACAGCGCCAAGGCCAAGCUUGCAGCCCUCAGCGACCUCAAGGAGGAGCUACAGAAGCUGGGAGGAGGAGUGCAGGCCACGAGCUGCGACAAGGCCGUGGAGGCCAAGUACUCCGAGCCGCCCAAGCCCAAGAGCCUCCCAGCCUUGGAGGGGCAGCGCAGGAAGCUCGAGGCCCAGCACCAGAAGGCCCUCGCCAAGGUUGCAGAGCUCGAGGACCAGCGCGUCAAGCUCGACCAGCGGAUCUGCGAGGCCAAGGACUCGGCCGCCGAGCUCAAGUGCAUGCUGCAGGCGGCGGACGCCGAGAUCGAGUCCCGCCAUGCCGCUGGAGUCCUCGGCGAUGGGCUCAGGGGCUUGGCCGAGGUCCUGGAACAGUUCAAGGCUACGGCUGUGGAGAACCAGGCAGUGCUGCAGGGCCUCAUCCAGCUGCAGGACGUCGUCAAGAAGGAGCAGGAGACCCUGGAUGCAGCAGACGAUGCCGUUCCUGGCGAUGGCGCUGGCGACGGCGCUGCUGACCCAGGCAGUGGGGAUCCACACGAGGGUGUCCCUGGCAGUGCAGGGUCAGGAGGGGAGUCUGUCCCCGUCCCUGACGAGCUGGUCGACAGUCUCAUGGAGGACGCCCCAGAAGGCGAGAGCUUCGAGCAGCGCCGCAAGCACAUCAGCGACAUCAUCGGGGCCCAGCUCAAGCGGCCUCGGGGCUAUCGGGACUUCCUUGACUGGCUGGACGGCCAGCACAGCCUCGCGGACGCUGGGCCGACGAGGCGGCCAGUCGCAGACAUCACCUUCGUUCAGGAGACGCGGGUGCGUGAAGUUGGAAGAGAGGCAGUCCAGCGUUGGCAUCGGACGCGCGGGUUCGACUUCGACCUCGCCGCAGGACUCAGCACGGGAGACGGGCCCCAGUCCGCCUCAGGUGGUGUAGGCAUUGGUGCGCGGCAGCGGUUCGCGGCAGCCACGCUCGACACCAAGUUCAAGCAGCCCCACCGCGUGCUCCGACGGGUGGUCAACAUUGGAGACGGGCUCGCCAUCGAUCUCAUGUCAGUCUACCUCCGCGACGGGGAGGGCAUGAGCGAGGCCAACGCGGACAUCCUCUGGGAAGUCGCGUCGCAGCUCAGGGUGGCGGCGCGGCCGUGGAUUCUGGCUGGCGACUUCAACAUGGACCCCCUCCAGGAGCGGCUACGGCACGCCGAGGGCUACCUUCUCCCACUCUACGACCUGCACGGGGACGCGGCUCAGAAGUUCGCUGGCAGGGCCGACGGCGUGCGAUUCGUCAACGUGCAGCUCGUCGACGCCAGCCGCCGCCGCUGGGCCCAGCUCCGCUCGCACGAGACCCACGCCUGGGGAGGGCUGGUCAGCCUGUUGCAGCGAGCUGACCUGCUGGUGGCGCGAGGGAAGGACUUACAGGGCCUGGCCAGCCUGCGCGCCCGCCUGGCAGCGCUGCGCCUGGCCGACUACGACGGCACCAUGGCCCCUGUGCCCAGGGGAGAGCUGGGCGCUGCGGCUACCUGCAGCGACGCGGCAUUGAGGAGGAGGCUCAUCGAGCACGACAGGGCCCAGCAGCAGGCCAGCCAGCGCAGCGACGCAGCUGCCGCCAGGUGGCAGUGGCAGGCCUGGGCCAAAGGCUCGGCUACAGGCGGGGGGAAGCUCGCCCACCGCUUCUCAAAGCCUGAGCCGUUGGCCAAGGCGACCCUCGUCACGGCGGACGAGGACGAGGGCGACACGCUCCCAGUCAACGGCGACGAGGCGGUGCGGCAUUGCCUCAAGGAGUGGCUUCCACUAUGGCUGGACCCUCGGCGCCGAGGAGGCCUCGAGGAAGCGGCCAGCUGGGAGGCGCCUGAGCCGCUGCCGAGCCUCGAGGUGGACAGCCUCAGGUACCUGCUCAAGCGGCACGGGAGGCGGGCAGGCCUGGGAUGGGACCAGCUCCACCCGAGGCAGCUGCUCCUCCUCGACGGUCAUCUCAGGCACUGUACUCCCCACUCGGUCAUCUCAGGCACUGUACUCUCUCAGACGCGGUUCUACAAGAGAGGCAUGGCCUCCGAGUGGGAAUGCCUCAUGUGCAGGGGCGCUCCUGGCACGCUCUGGCACAGGCUGUACGGAUGCGAUGGUCACGCGGCCUUCCGCAAGGACGAUGCCUCACCCGGGCUCCUUCGGCACGCAGAGGUGGCUCGGGCUGCACGAGGCAACUGCGGCGAGAUGUUCGGCAGGUGCCUCUUCCCGUCGCUCGACCACGCGAUCCUGAGGCGCGACCCAGAUGGUGAUCCAGUUCGCUGGUAUCGGCGCCCAGCCUCGGGGUUCCUCACAGGCCUCAUCUUCACGGAUGGCAGCGCGGUCGGCACGCGGUGGCCAGAGCUGCAGCGCGCUGGCUGGUCGCUCGCGCAGUGCGACAGGCAUGGGCGCCUGGUGGCAGCAGCAUGGGGAUGGGUGCCCCUCUCCAUGGCGCCGCGGCAGGAGGCGAGGGAUGGCGAGGACUACGCGUACCACAUGGCGGCCUUCCUCUGCGAGGGCCACGUCGACUUCCAGACGGACUGCGCUGGGACGGUGGCUUGCGCCCAGAGGGGAGCUGCAUGGGCAUGCCGCCCAGGGUCACCGCGGGCCCACACGUGGAAUGCGUUCUACGCCUCCUUCGACGGCUCACGCAGCUACACGGUCACCAAGGUGCUGGCCCACGCCACCGCCGCCGAUGUGGAGGCGGACCGCACGACCUGGCGGCAGCGGGCAGGCAACAGGCUCGCCGACGAUGCAGCGAAGGAGGGAGCGAAGUUGGCGCUGGCCGACGACCAGCUGGACUUAGCCUACGGCCUCGACCUCAUUGCAAGACAGGCUAUGCUCUUCACGGGCAAGCUCCACGCGCGCAUGGCGGAUCGAAAGCUGCUCGACCAUGCCAGCGACGUCAUCCUGGAGUUCACGGAGCCUGAGGCGGGCCACGAGGAGCAGGAGACCAGCGGGGGCCACGCUGCCGAGACCUCCUGGGGGGCUGCUGGCGCGGCGGCCGUGGCCCUGGCUGCGGCGCGGGCCUCGGCGGAGGGCGACGAGCCUCCUGCAGCUCGACGACCACGGCAGCCGUGGUCGAUCGGUGGCCACUCCAUCGUCGAGCGAGCCGUCACGGGGCCUGGCACGGACGGCACCACCAUGGUCCACUGCGUGAAGUGCUACGCCUACGCCCACCAGCGCACGCAGGGCAUCCUGGGGCCGCGCGGCACGGGGGCAGGACGUGAGCCGCAGAUCGAUAGGAUUCGCAGAGGGUUUUUCCCUAACGUCAAGGGCGGCCGCGGGUCCUGGCGCCUCGGGGAGCAGUUUUUUCCCUCCGAGGCCUGGCGUACGAAAUUCAGCCAAAGGCUUUCGCCCGCCGCCGCCCCCGAGGCCAGCAGGGCCACGGGCAGCGGGCAGCAGGGCCCUGCUCAGCGUCUGCCCCGCUCGCGAGCGCUGUUGCGCUUCGGAGUCGGGCCCGAGCAGGAGGCCGACCUCCUUUCCUGGUCGGCCAGGCAGCGAGCCGAUCGUAGGUCCAAGGGAGACCCCGACGAGCUCGAAGGGGAGGCUUCCGACUAA